CAGAAAGCAGGUUUUUGUUUGUGCUGGAAUGUGCAGCUUAAUAUAGUUUACUGUACCGAGGAGAUAAAACACUUACAGAGUGUGCAGACAGGAUGUGGGUUCAAGGUGAGGACAGCGUGGCAGAAGAGUCUGACGGAGAGGGUGAUUUAUCCUCUGAAGAUGAAGGAGACAUUCAGUGUGAGAUCCUGGAAAUUCAGAGGGAUGAAGCCAAUCAGAGACUGUCUGACCUGGAGGAAGCUUCCAAUCAGCUCCUGAAAGAGAUAAAUGUCCUGGAGAUGCAGUUCCAGAUAGAGCGCUCCUGCAGGGAGAGUGCUGAGGCCCUGGCCGUCAAAGUGACCAAAGAGAACAAAGCCCUGAAGAGGGCGAGCCAGAUGCUGAUGCCGCUCAUCCCCGAGCUGCCGGAAAAUUUGGCUGCCGUGACCUUUGACCCGGAGUCUGAACCCACGUUGGUUAACGGUGACAACGUGGUUGAUCUCGACGAAGAGACGCUGCUGCUGCAGAGCCAAGCCAAGAUCGCAGAGCUGCAGGCGUCAGUGGACGGUCUGCUGGCUGAGAAGCUGCAACUGGAGCAACAAGUGGAAAAUCUCACCAAAGAGCAGGUCCAACUCAGAGAGCAGCUCGCUCUGGAGGUCGGGGAGAAAGAGAUCAUACUGAAGAAAAUAAGCAAACAGAGCAGAACCAUGAAUAAAAUCAAACGAGUCUCCCAGCUUGUCACGGAGGAGUUCACAGAAAUGUCUCAAAAGCUGGAGCUAGAGCAGGACCUCCGGCAGCACGCUGAAGUCUUCGCCCACCAGAUGCUGGCGGAGCAGAGGGCGGCCUGCAGAGAGAGCGUGACGCAGAGCCCCGAGACCGGCCUGCAGCUGCAGCAGGCGCUGGAGCAGAUAUCCAGCAUCAGCACGGCCCUGAGCCACAUACAACGCUGCUACCAGGACCAGAGUCAGAGUGCUGUGGGAGACAGCAGCGUCCUCUCUGAGCUGAGAGAACAGCUGGAGAAGAGCGAGGAGGAGAGGAAGACCUCGGAGGCUCAGCUGACUGAAGCUAACAGCUCUGUGACACAGCUCCAGGAGGAAGUGAAACAGUUAAAAGAAACACUGAAGAGAAAGGAUGAAACCAAUAAAUCAGAUGGACCAGAGGAGGAUGCCACUCCAGCUCCCGUUCCACCACCACCUCCUCCUCCACCUCCUCCUCCUCCUCUUCCACCUCCUUCCACUGCCGUCACCAGUUUUUCUGAUUUCCUGAGAAGCAGGAGAAAAGGAAGAGCCUGUAACUCUGAUCAAAACAAAGCAGCACCCUUGUUGGACAUCAAGACAAAAGCGGUGGAUGAAAUGAUGGAGAGGAUAAAGAAAGGCAUCGUCCUGAGGCCCAUCAAGAUAAUACAGGAGGAUGACAGCUCAUGGAAGGACCAGAGGAGUGAAAACAGAAAAUCAGCCAUCGUGGAGUUGAAAGGAAUGCUGGACAACAUGAAACGUCAGCACCUCCGCAGAGUGCCAUCCAGACGAGGGCUUGGCCGAAAUGUUGGGGAGGCAGAGCUCCUGCAGGUGCUCCAGAGGAGGAGGAGAGCGAUGGGGGACAACCAGGAGCAAACACAGGACACCCUGGCAGGUCCACAGAGUGUCCCAGCAGCAGGAGAUGGUCCCUGGGCCGGCGAGAGCAGCAGCGCCCCUGUGCUCCGGAGGCUGAGACAGAACCGAGAGAAGAGAGACUCUCGCAUCAGAGCAUCAGCCCUGAUUAUCAGCCAAGAAAACUGAAUAAAUUAACAUCACGGCAGUCUAACUGUCAUCGCUUUUUUUCAAUAAGAUGAUGAGUUUGUUGAGCAAACUGCACCUGCAAUACAUUCUUUUUUAUUGCUGAGUGAUUUCCUGGAUGUCUCUUUUGUUUUGACUUGAACCGAUUAUCUUUGCAAAUGCACUGAAAUAACACAUGAAUGCAUUGCUUUUGUCUUCAUUUACAAUAAAAUGUCAGUUGAUCUUGGCCUCUAUUGAUAGAUUAAAAUAAAGACUUGACUUGUGAUCACCUCUGAGUCAAAUAACAUCAGAAAACA